CUCCUCCCGCCUCUAUAAUCGAUGACGGAAAUAAUUGGUUUCCGAGGGAGAUAUAUGCAAGUUUGCCCGAGCAGUAGCCCACCAAUCUCCGAAUUAAAGAAUCCGCUUCCCCACUUCCCCAAAAUCCACAGAGCGUCCACCGUCACUUCCCUGCUCGAUCACCGCAGAUCUGAUCCCCUUCCCCUCGGAGCGUGGAAUCCCUUCGUCGUUGAUGCGAGUCUGCAUUCCAGGCCUUCCCUUAGGAUGGAUCCGCCGUCGUUGAUGCCGCGGCUGCCGGAGAUGUGCCGGUUCCCGAUGCUCGGAAUGCCUCCCCCCGAAUUGGUGCCCAGGGUCGGGCGGAUUGGUGGGGACGCCUCGGUGGAGGAGUCCACGGUGACGGAGCAGUGCGGUGGGAGCAAGGGUCGCCGGCGCCGUAGGGACCCUCCCUCCUCGGGUGGCGCGACGGAGGACGAGUCGUCGAAGUUCGUCUCCACCAGUAGCGGCAACGAGUUGGCUGAAGCUGAGGCCAAACGUCUCAAGGCCAUCAAAUCUACUGAUGGAAAUGACAACAUAAAAAGUGAGGCUGAGGCAAGUUCAGGCAUCUGUAACAAGUUAGCUGCUCAAAAUCCUCAAACAACUGAGCCACCAAAGCAAGAUUACAUCCAUGUGAGAGCAAGAAGAGGUCAAGCGACAGACAGUCACAGCCUGUCAGAAAGAGCAAGGAGAGAAAAGAUAAGCGAGAGAAUGAAGAUUCUCCAAGAUCUUGUUCCUGGCUGUAACAAGGUAAUUGGUAAAGCAUCAGUUCUUGAUGAGAUAAUAAACUAUAUUCAGGCCUUACAGCAUCAGGUGGAGUUUCUAUCUAUGAAGCUAGAGGCUGUUAAUUCCCCUAUGAACACUACUAUUGAAGUGUUUCCUUCCAAAGAUUUCACAGAGAUACGAUACCACCUCUAGUUUGGCCUACAGCUCACAAACAAGGGAAUAUGAGCAGGGUUCAGGGACAGAAUGGCUUCAUAUGCAGGUUGGUGGUGCCUUUGAAAGAGUGACAUGAUUGGAAGACUCAUCUUUCAUGGAUUAAUAAUGGCACCUAGAAGGGUGGACAUAUUCCAUGGGCUUAGGUUAUUUAUCGCCUUAUGCGACCCUACUUGAAGAAGAUGUUAUGUCAUGCCUUGGUAGAAAGUUGUAGUAGUAACACAAUGUAGAACCAGAUAAACUAAUUUCGAGUGUAUUAGCAACCAGUUGCCGUGUGUAAAAUAGGUAUUGGAUUAAUCCCAUCUUAAGCUUCUGCCGGUGUUCCCUGCAGCCACCAUCUAUAUUUUCAAAGGUACAUUUUUCGAUUGAGUA